GAAGUCAAACCAAGAUGGGUGGAAUACACUGCAUUUUGCAGCUCAAGGUGGAAAUUCUGAUAUAUUUAAAAUCUUGAUCUCCGAGAACCUGGAUUUUCAUAAGAAAACAAACGAGCAAAUGACAGUUUUGCAUAUAUUGCUGCUCAAAAUGGCCAUCUCGAUAUUUGUAAAAUAAUUGUAGAAAAUGUAAAAUUCAAAUCAAUUUUAAACGAGAAAUCCAUGAAAGGGAAAAAUGCUUGUCAUUAUGCUGCGGAAAGUGGGUCCAUAGAUAUACUCAAGUUGUUCGAGUCAAACAAUUUCGACAUAGAGGCAAUUACGGAUCACGGUCAUAAUAUAUUCCACAUUGCUUGCAUCCAUGAUAAACUGGAAUUGUGUCAGUUUAUUGCCAAAGAGUAUCGCAAUAUGAUCUUUGCAGAAAGCCACGAGAAAUGGAAUGCAAUUCUAUUCGCGGCCAAACACGGUUAUGUUGACAUUUUGAACUUUCUUCACGAACAGGAGGUAUGUUUUGAACAAAAAUCAGAGAGCGAUAGAAAUGCAUUACAUAUUGCCUGUGACAAUGGGCAUUUAUCUGCCUGUAAAUUUAUCAUAAAAGUCUGUCCCUCCUUGCUUCGUAUUGCUGAUUACAAAGGUAGACAUGCAGGUCACUUUGCCGCUAGAAAUGGCAAUGUCGACAUAAUGAAAUAUCUUGUUUCAAUAAAAGCGGAGGUGACGAAAAAUACUAAUACAGCGAUGAACAUUCUUCACAUGGCCUGUUUACAUUGUCGCAAAGAAAUGUGUAGGUAUCUCUUACACACCUUCCCUGCAAUGAACUUACAACGAUCAGCAAGGGGAUGGACAACUUUACAUUUCGUUGCUGAGAAGGGAAUCAAUGAGGGCAAUGAAAUCGAAAUAUUUGAAAUGUUAAUAGGUAUGAAGGAUAGUUUGGAGAUUAAAGCCUUGACGAAACAGAACAAUUCGGUUCUUACACUCGCAAUGAAAAAUAAACUUUAUGACUUUUGUGAGUAUCUUUUGCGGGAACAUUCUUAUCUAUUAGACAUACCGAAUGCAAUUAAUCCUAUGGAAAUGAAAACACUUGAUACGAAAAUGAAAAAACUCCUUAUGAAAUAUAGAAAAAGUUGAAUAAAAUAUCAAUUAAAAAAGGAGUUGUG